GGUUUGGCGUGUCGGAACUUUAAGAGUGCAGCCGACUUUUUCAUGAACUAGAGCUCGACCACGCGUACUAUUCUAGUAGAGGCGGCUAACAGUGAUGCUUGUACCCCGCCCGCGAUACAAAUUCCCCGGGCCGUAUAGCAUGCCUAUUGGGUGGGACUGGGAAUUUCGGCCACUGAACAAAACCCGACAAGCACACCGAAAGUCUUAUACCGGUCGAUGCUAAAGCUUCACGCGCCGCAACCAGAGCACCGGCUGAUUACCCUAAACCCUGUUUAAGUUAUCAAGCACUUACUUUUUACUAUUCGUCUAAUACAAGUUCCCAUUUGCAUGCAUCUACACCUCGGCCUGGAUCAUUUUGAUCUUUUUCUUUUCGUUUUUUUUUUAUGUACCCUGAACCCCUCCAUCAAACUUCCCAUGUACGUGCAAAUUGCCCGGCCCACACGGACGCUUCUUUUCCCUAGUGGGAAUAUACUCGUGUACUGGUGGGGACAGCCCGCUGCGCACUGGACUCGCCGAUGGGAAUUUACGAUCUAGUUGUUUUUUGUUUUUCGUACGAAAACUUUUUGAUCUACUUGAACUGCAGCACUGUAACGCUAUGUAUAAAAAAGAAUUUUUACCACCUUCUUGUUUUUUUUGGCCGAGGUGUCUAAGGCGCUACUAGUGCCACUGAUCCGCACAGUGGGCUUCCGCGCUACGAAUAUUUGUAGGUCGUCGAAGGUGGGCGCUACGCGGAAUGUACUACACGAGCAGGCCUAUGGUGGCGGCCACGGCGAUGCAGUCACGCAGACCGCCAUGCAAAACUAACUAGCCUCGCCAUGAGGUCCCCGCGAACGCCACGCCUGUCGCCGCAUCUGCUGACGCAACAGCAGUGCGAGGGAUGGACUAUGCUAAGCCUCUUCGGGCAUAAGUUAUUCAUCCCUUUUUGUAGUAGUACUACCGGUCGGCGUGCUAUGUACGGUUAAGUCCCUAGAGCACCAGGGGAGCUAAAAAACAAGUUCUUCACCGCCGGGCGCUACACUAGUACGAUUGUUUUCCUUUUUUUUACUAGAGCUAUCGCCAAACCCCUUCACGUUCACGCCUCUGUCUCAAAUUCUUUUACGUGUUUCCUUUCACUUUCUCGCACAAAAUGUCACUUUUUUUUUGUUUUCCGCCACGAACCCUUGCUGCUCACAGCUUCCUCAACCUCAAGCGCGUUUUCUUCUUGGAAAACGCAGCACACCGCGUCGCUGCCUAGGGGUCGUCUGCAUGCCCCCGGGGCACCUUCCGCCUAGAUCACGCCGGCCAGCUCCACUAGCGCGCAUAACCUGAGAUGAAGUUUUUUCCCGCAAAGCAGCACCGCAGUGCUGCCGCCUGAAUGGAAGAUCGAGCUCAUCCUUCAACUACUAUUUUGCAUAUCUGUGUUUCACAUCGAUCAAUGCAAACUAAUCAAGAUAAAUCAAAGUAUACUAAUCAAAAUAAAUAUAAGUAAACACUACUGCGCAUGACAAGAUCAUAUGAAUUAGUAUCCUUUUUCCGUUUCGCCGCGCGCUCCCUUCGUCUCUCGAUUGGUAUGCCGUCUCGCGUAUGUUCUCGCUGUACGGGUUGCGUGUCCUGGUAUCAAUUGGGUUCCACUUGCUGCACAUCAGGUGUCGCAUGCAGGUCCAGGAAGCGUCUUCUGGCAGGUGUGUUGCGUUCGGCCAUGUGGAGGUCGACUAUAGAUCCCGGGGGCAGCAAGCCCGUGCUCUAUCGCGGCAAGCCACCUCCCUGGCGGCGCUUGCGGUGUGUGGCUCCUUUCUCGCGUGCGCGUGCGCGAGAAUUACCGUUUGGUAUGCUCGCACUCGUUGGUGCGGCGGUACAACAGUUUUUUUGGAGAGAAACUCAAAAGACCCCCAGUGAGAGAUAGAUAGAUAGAUGGAACUGGACAGACUAGUAGAAAGAGAAAACAAAGAAGAAAGAGAGAGAGCUACGGUUAUCCACUACCUGUGCUGCAAAAUAAAAACGCUGUUAGGAGGUAAAGGAAAAGGAAAAAAGACAUAUUACGAUCUUGACUGAGAGCUAGCAAUUUUGUAUACAGUUAUACUCGUGUGCGAAAAGUACAAUUUUAGGUGGGGACCAGGCGAGUUGUACGAAGUCUAGUUUUUGAACUUGUUGUAGUGAGGAGAACUAACUUUUUCGUGUAAUUUUCGGACCAUAGCAUGCGGACAAGGCGAGACGUUUCUACUGGCUUUUCCGCGGAGAAGUUUACUUUUAGAAAGCGACACUCUUUCUGCAGCGAACUAUCACUAGACCAGCCUCAGUUUCCACUUUGUUUCCUGUAGCAACACGGCCCUCACCUCCGUUCGCUCGUAUGUCUGCGUAUCCUUGAAAAAGAACAGGCUGAACUCGCAUAUAGCGUUGUGAUUUGCAAAACACAAAUCACCUACCGCGUGUUCAUCCUGGGGGGCUUAGUGUUACCAAAUUGCUCCGCCGUCGUGUGUGAGGGCCGUGUUGCUUGUGACUCUGCAUCUACUGCUGCGGGUCCCGCGCGCACCGAGCGCCCUUGGUCCAAAGUCUACUGUCAAAGUCUACUGACACGGAACUUCUGGAAGUCGACCGAUACAGACGCGGUUUCACGAAAUUGAAUCUCCGCGAUUCAAAGGGAGGCCGCUAAACGGUUUUAGAGAGGUCUUACAAGACCCUUACAAAUGCACGCCGUAGCAUCGCGCUUAGAGUUUUACGAGACCCCUUUUAAAGGGGUCCCCUAAACGGAAUCGCGAUGGUGUCGUUGCUUUUUGAAAAAAACACAUCAUAGCACCGCGAUCAUUAGUGAAAAACCAAAUUGGGAUCUCAUUUAGAUUAUCACAUUCAUAAUCUGCCACGUGGUGACGCGCGGAAGCUGUGGACAACGGAGGACCAAAACGGAGUCGAUUCAGGAUGGAUAUGUGCCUAUUUGCUGUCUUAAUAAAGAUUUUUUUGAAUUAUUGAAGUCAUAAUCCUCCAGACCAUCUCAUAUCUUAUCUCUUCUCUUGCACACCGUGCAACACAAAAUCGGCUUCAACGGGAUGUUGCUCGCUUUCGACGGGCUGUUCGGUAAAACGGAUGCUCCUUGGCUGUUUUUCUCACCCGCAUUCUUAUCUCUUCUCCUGCACACCGUGCAACACAAAACCGGCUUCAACACUUUUCCCCAAAGAAUUUCCUUCACGACAACACUCACGACGAAUUGCAACCCAGUAUUCACAUACACGAAAUCGGUAAAUUUGUCCAAAUAGCUCACCGUCUUCGUCUAUCAAAUGCAAACAUGCCUGGGUCUGGAAAGUUGGAACUUGUAAUGCUGGCGUUACAUUCCUGCGAAAUCUGUAUUGCAUGACCAACAAAAGCGGCAGCCUCUCUUGUCAUACAAGAACGCUGUUUCUGAUGCGGAAUUCGGAUUUGAUAAAACGUUCUGCAAACUUGUCAUGCUUUACUGGAUAAGAAAAUGGUUCCAUCACGCACAUUUUAGCAUCACAAAUUUCCAGACCCAGACAUAUUUAGCAUCACAAAAAUUUUAGCAUCACAAAUUUCCAGUGCUGUCAAAGUCUACUGACACGGAACUUCUGGAAAUCGACCGAUACAGACGCGGUUUCACGAAAUUGAAUCUCCGCGAUUCAAAG